AUGGAAUCAAAAGGCAUCAAGGACUUCGAUGAUUUUACCAAAAAUGCACCCGAGAGAAAGGCCAGGCCAUCGAAAAAUGUCAAAUACUACGCUGUUGCAGGUGGCAAGUCUACUGGGGUUUUCACUCAUUGGGAUGAGGCUGAAAAAGCGAGCAAAGGAACCAUUGCGUGCCAUGAGCGUUUUAACACCAAGAAAGAAGCAGAGGAUUUUAUCGAGAGCUGGAAAGAUGCAUACGCUGAUGUUUGGCGAAGGGAAAUCAGACAGUCGUUGGACAAUGGAUGGAGACCUCGUGAUAUGAAGUUGAACAUUGGAUCAAUUCUGUGCAAAGAAGACGGCAACAAUGUGACGGAAGAUCGCAAUAAGGUACCCAAAAAUAAGGUUAUUGAUAGUGGUGAGCUGCCAAAAGUGGAGUUACUGGCUAUCAAAGAAGAAGACUCGCAGACAGGAGGUCAUCCGAGUUCUGAUUCUGAUGCCGACGAAUUGUCCGCGGAUAGCGAUUCGCCUAUUUCAGAGAAUUAUCUGCAAAACUAA